CGCCGGAACUACUUCCUAGUGAGGAUGGAGAUCGAUCUCAAUAAUUGCCUCAGUCAACUCGAAAGUUAAAAUGUCGAGCUCGACUAGCUCGAGGCACGGUUUAAAGCCUCAAUUGGAAAUUCUCUGGGCUUCAUCCUCAAAACAAAAUAGCCUCAAUUGAAAAAAAUAUACGAAGUACCAACUCGCUGCAACCAGCCCGUCAUCACCGGAUCCCGAACGGCGACAUAUCUCCGGCUGCACGCGAUUUCUUCACGGCUGCUUCGUUGGUCAAAACGUCUCUGGUUCAAUUCUGAAAACGAGAAUAAAACGUGUGAAGUGAGACUGGGACUACAUCUGCAUCAUCUUCUUCAGUCCAGCAAUGCUACAGUGUUUCACUGUUUCGAGUUUCGCUCCAUUGACUCAAACCCCUCUCACAGGUUCUUGCCCAGACAAAGUAGAAUUUCUGAAGCCCCAGUCUAUAUCUAAACACCGUUCUCCUUUUUUGGCAAGACGAAAUGGGAUUUUCGUGUGUCUUGAUAGGACACCACCCCCUCAAAGGACAAAGAAACACGGUGGUCCUCAGAACGUGGAUUUCCCUCCGGUUCUGCCAAAGAAUAAGAAGAAGCCAUAUCCCAUACCUUAUAAGAAAAUCAAGGAGGCUGCAAGGGCUGAUAAGGAACUUGCACAGAUGGGAAUCGAGAAGCCUCUUCUUCCCCCCAAAAACGGGCUGCUCGUGGAGGAUUUGGUUCCGGUUGCUCGCGAACUAUUAGAGACUUGGAAGAUUCUAAUCAAAGGCGUAGCGCAACUCCUUCACGUUGUCCCCAUCCAUGCUUGUAGAGAAUGUUCAGAAGUUCAUAUUGCUGAAAGGGGUCAUGAGAUUCAAGAUUGCCGCGGCUCAACCAGUUCCGAUCGGAGAGGCUACCACUCGUGGGUGAAAGGUUCCAUUAACGACAUUCUCGUCCCUAUAGAAUCGUACCACAUGUACGACCCUUUCGGCAAGCGCAUCAAGCACGAAACUCGGUUCAACUUUGACCGAAUCCCAGCUAUUGUGGAGCUUUGCAUCCAAGCGGGCGUCGAUAUCCCCGAGUACCCCUCACGCCGGAGGACCACCCCCGUCCGUAUGCUCGGGAAGAAGAUAAUCGACAUUGGAGGGCACGUUGGCGACGAGCGUGGGCCCCACGGCACGUGCUCGGACUUCGACACCGACCGCGCCCUCGAGAGGUUUCGCCCGCCCGGCGAAUCCGAGGGGCCCGCCGUCGCGCGCGGGACCCUCGACGCGUUCGAGGGGGUGAAGCGGGGAGUGAGGGAGUUGAUGGGAAUGUACACGGUGAAAGCGUGCGGGUAUUGCUGGGAAAUCCACGUGGGCCCGUGGGGCCACAACGUGAAGCUGUGCGGCGCGUUCAAGCACCAGUGGCGGGACGGGAAGCACGGGUGGCAAGACGCGACGCCGGAGGAGGUUUUCCCUUCCAACCACGUGUGGCACGUGCGGGACCCGAAGGGGCGGCCGAUGAGGAACUCCUUGAAGAGGUUCUACGGGAAGGCGCCGGCCGUGGUUGAGCUCUGCGUGCAGGCCGGCGCCGAAAUCCCUCAGUUGUAUAAGCCGAUGAUGAGGCUCGAUAUCGUCUUGCCGGAUUCCGAGGAAGCUCAUCUUGUUGCCUGAAAUGCUUACUUGCUAGAAGAACAGAGCAAACAUCUCUUGCCCUUUUCAUUUAUAUCCAUCCUUCAAGUUUUUAUUCAUAGUGUAAAUAAGUGAUUACAUUUUUCAAUAAGGUGUGCCAUUGAUGUACUAGUGCAAAAACCCUGGUGUACAACUUGGUGUGUACCAAGCAAUGUACAAGUAGUAAAAUUGAAAAUUUUUAAAAGAAAAAAAAGGUGAUGUA